CACCAAACCAAGCACUGGAAGGCCCAAACGACGUCUAAAUUAAGGGCCGGCCAAUGAUCAAUGUCCCUCAAGACCUACCAUUGCCAAGUUACGGCGCAAUCCUUGGCAUUGCUAUGAAUCUCUCCGAACAGCUUCGUGCUGAAUAAUAGCCGGUUAAUAGCACAGCUAACGGUGGUUUCCCGAUAUCUAGAUUUCAGCAACCCGGGAAAUUUAUAUAACCCCCAAACCCCCUAAAACUUCAUGGGAUAUCUAUAACUUUCCUAUUGCGCAACAUCGAACUUUAGCUAUUUCCACAGUAUCCACCAGCUUAAAUAUUUCAAUAAUUAACGAUGUCAGAUUGCAAGACUUACUCUUACCCUGGGGCUGGAGAAUGGGCUCGCAAGGAAAUGUCCUACUCUCAAGCCAUUCGCGUUGAGAAUCGCAUUGUAUGCGCCGGUCAAGGUGGAUGGGAUCGCCAAACUCUAGAAUUUAGUCCGAAAUUGGAUGAGGAGAUCGACCAAGCAUUUGAGAAUGUGCAGGAGAAUCUCAAGCACGCUGGUGGCAAAGGUUGGACCCAAGUUUACCGUGUUGUAACGUAUAGCACCGACAUCAAGGCGACACACCAACGCAUAGUUGAGAAUUUUCGGAAGUGGAUGCCAGAUCAUCAGCCUGUAUGGACCGAAAUUGGCGUUAAGGAGCUUGGCCUGCCUAUUAUGCACUUCGAGAUUGAAGUUGAGGCCUACGACCCCCAGGGUGCAGCUGAAGCAGCUAAAAAUUAGGCUUGUCGCAUUGCUCUUAUAGGGGAGAAAAGGACCUACGUUCCGGUGAAAACCACCGCUAAAGCAGAGACAGAGCCCAGGUCAUUAAUCAGCGACAUAUACAUUACUCGUGAAGAACUACACACGAAUUUACUCAAAAUCCUUAUGA